AUGGCUGAAGAGCCCGAGUUCAGACUGCAGUUUCCUCCCUCAAUUACUGCUGAUGGCAAAGGCCUUGUGGAGAUCUCCCCAGAAAUAUCCACUCCAGAGUCCCCUUCUUCCGCUGCAGUCUCCCCUGGAACAGAGGACCCUGCCGGCGACACCAAGAAAAAAAUUUAUUCAUGUGAAUCAGUCCUUUGCCCUCUCCCCAGACCGGGAAGUUGGAACCCUCUGUGA